AUGACGGAGCCACCCGGGGAGAACGAACCGGCGGGACCCCCCGAGCCGCCGCCCCCCGGGGACGGGCACGGCAGCAAGGUACGGGGGGGACCCCGGGGCGGGGGGAGCCACGAGGCUGUGAGUGGGCACCGGGGGGGGCGGCGGUGCCCCCAGACUCGGGAGCUUUCAGCCGUUUCGGGCGGUCACUGUCCCUCCGGACGCUGCUGCGGAGCAAGAGCGUGGAGAGCCUGUUCCCGCGGCCAGGCGGGGGGGUGCAGCCCCCCGAGACCCCCCCGUGCCCCCCCCCGGACACACGGCUUCCAGCAGUACGUCUUCAAGAAGCAUUGCCCCUGCGAGCUGUGCCGGCAGCUCAUCGCAGGCAACUCUCGGCAGGGCCUGCGGUGCAAGGCGUGCAAGGCCGGCGUGCACCUCUGGUGCUCCCAGGGGAUCUCGCACCAGCAAUGCCCCGGCAAGUCGGCCACCGUUUUCCGCCGCAAUUUCAGCUCCCCGCUGCUGCUGCCCGAGCAGGGGGGCUCUGCGCAGGGUGAACCCCCCCCAGACCCCGGUGCGGGGGUGGACCCGGUGUACGAGGCGCUGCGGUUCGGCACCUCCCUGGCACACGGCGCCGGCCCCACGGAGCUGCCCCCCGGCACCCAGGGUGACAAGGCAGGGGCUGGGGAGGAAAGCGGGGACACCCCUGGCAGCACAGGAACCACAAGUGAUGGUGUUGUCACCCCAGCAGAGAGGGACAGUGAGGAGGAGAAGAGCCCUGAGCAGCAGGCUGCCCGGGGGGGCCCGGCGCGGCGGGACGGGGCUCCCAUGUUCUCCUACGUGGCUCUCUACAAGUUCGUGCCUCAGGAGCAGCAGGACCUGGCGCUGCAGCCCGGGGACAGGGUGACGCUGGUGGAUGAUUCCAACGAGGAAUGGUGGAAGGGGAAGGUGGGCGACCGGCUGGGAUUCUUCCCGGCCAACUUCGUCCAGCGCGUCCGUCCCGGCGAGAGCGUCUGGAGGAGCUGCCGGGCCGUGCGGGGCGACCGGGGCCAGGGGCGCAUCAGCCUGCGGGAGAACCAGAUCUGUGUCGGCGUGGGCAGGACGCAGGGGCUGGUGCGGGUGACCAGCGGCAGGAAGCGGGGACUGGUCCCCGCAGAGGCCCUGACCGAGAUCUGAGGGGCUGUGCCCGCCCCGGUGCCACCUCCCUGGAUCCCGCACCUCAGGAAGCUCCAUCUGGGCACUGCUUGAAACCCACUCCCCCCGUCCCCACCACCACCCUCUCCCAAGCCAUUCCCCGGGGGGGGGGCUCGUCCCCAGUGUCCCCAUCCCUUGGGGUCCAUCCCGAGGCGCGUGCCCAGCUGGGAUGGGGACA